AUGACUUCUUUCCCCUUUCGCACACGUUGCGUCGUCUACGAUGGAUACCACCAAUCCGACAACUCAUUCAGCGCGUGCCAAGCACGUCGUGCCGGCUCCUCAAACGCUCUUGACAGCCUACAGGCCGCAGUCCUGGAGUCCGACCUGUACGCAUUUAACGGUGACGCGCCUGUUCGAACCAAACUUCGUCUGUGCCAUGUGUCGCCGAACAGGCCGAUAGGGUUGGCUGUAUCGAUGCACUCAGGACAGGGAGACUUUGAUCGAGUCCGCGAUAGAGAAGGGUCUUCCGGUAAAGAUGCUCAACGGCGGCCCCCCGGACUUCUUGGACUGACUAAAUUUCAGGUGAACUUUGACCAGAUCGGCCUUGCUUUCACGGAGCAAGUCAAGCCGGCACCGCGAGGUCCAGCCGUGAGAUCCAGCCCCUUCAGCUUCCUCAAGGAGAUCAACGCUGAGGAGAUGCAAUCCUACACCCCAGAUCAGAUUGCCACCAUCUUGGAGCAGAGAGAUAAUGCAAGCUGCCGGCCUACAUGUGAACUUCGAAGCUACCUCAGUCUCGAUGGAAUCGCCAAAGGCGAUAUCCCUCCUACAGCAGCGACUGGUUUCGGUUUCCAUUUGCACGGGGAGCGGCCUGUUGGCGAUGCGAACAUUGUGAAGAACAUCGGCUACCGGCCUGUGCCUUUGCCGAGACCUUCUAUCCAAGAGUCUGCCACUGCGACUUCUUCGCCUUCUUCAAUAUGGAGCAUCUUGGACGUGAUAGAUGAGCAGAUUGUGGAUAUGGCUCGCCUCGAGGAAGAAGCUGAACUUGCCGGCUCCGAUUGCAGUGCCGCAUCCGCGGUGGUGCCAGUCAUCGGAAGUGUGGAUAACGCCCAGCCCUUGCCUACUAUGAGUCCUGACUCCCCUUACGAACCGGUUGACGCACACGAUGUUGGCUUGAUCCUCCCCUUCAACCAGGCUGCCUACAUCCGCGCUUGUGGAACGCCGCUCCCAUCGCCCACAACAGACGAGGAUGCUUUCUUCCAUGAUAAAACUACGACCAUGAUGGAAGAAGAGAGACAGGAGGGCAGAUUUCAUGGCGAUCCCCUGGAAGUGGCUGAUGGCGUCGCUGUGAUGGAGGAAAGCGUGGAAUUGUGUGUCCCAGACGUGUUAACGCAGAUGUGA